GUUUGCAAAUGAGCGAGGACGUUGCCGGAGCGACCUUCAUGGCAGCGGGAUCUUCGGCUCCGGAACUGGCCACGUCCGUCAUCGCCGUCUUCGUGGCCAAGGACGACAUCGGUAUCAGCGGCGUCAUCGGGUCAGCCGUAUUCAACAUCAUGUUCGUCAUCUCGGUCUGCGCCCUCUUCGCCGGCCAAGUUAUCGUUAUAAACUGGUGGCCGCUGAUAAGAGACUCCACGUUCUACUGCAUCUCGAUCUGUGGCCUCUUACUCACCAUCUACAACGAGAGAGUCAACUGGUACGAAUCCGUCUUCCUCCUCUUGCUCUACGUCCUGUACAUCGCCAUGAUGUUCUACAACAAGCGCCUGGAAGCCUGGGCGAACACGCUGAACAUCCCCUUCAAGAACGCCACGAGAGAGGAGAAAUCGUCUCUCUUCGGAACCAAGCCCGUGCCUCCUGUUGGGGAAGACAUGAAGGCAGAGGGCGGCCAGGAUUCCGAAAACCCAGCCAUCGAUGGGCAAGACGAUAUCGACGUGGAGCAGACCGUGCCUCUUUUACAGACAGCAGAAACGUCUUGUAACAAUGAAAGUCCUGGCGAUGGAGGGCCAUGGACCACCGUGAGUGACGUCCCGAAGGAGGUGGAGGCGACGGAAGUGGAAUCUGCAGGAGUUAAAUCCAUGGCACCGGAAAUGAAGGAUGAAGAUGUAUCCCCUUGGACUAUGCCUGUGGGUGUCGGAGAACGUGUAAGCUGGGUGGUGAAGCUGCCCCUGGUGGCUCUUCAUCACUUCACAACACCUGACUGCCGCCGAGAACGUUUUCGACGCUGGUACUUGUUUACGUUCAUCAUGAGUAUGUUGUGGAUCGCUGCUUAUUCCUACAUCAUGGUUUGGAUGAUAACCGUCAUUGGCUUCACCCUUGGCAUUCCCGACACUGUUAUGGGUCUGACUUUCAUCGCCGUCGGAGUGUCCGUUCCCGAUGCGCUCUCAUCCCUGUGCGUGGCCAAACAAGGUUUUGGUGAUAUGGCUGUGAGCAACGCCAUUGGCAGCAAUGUGUUUGACAUUCUCCUGUGCUUAGGUCUUCCAUGGUUCCUUAAAACAGCCAUUGUUGACCCUGGUUCUGUUGUCCCAGUCGAAAGCAGAGGCCUGACUUACUCCACUGUCUCCCUCUUCUCCACUGUCGUGUUCCUUAUUGUUGCAACACACAUGAAUGGGUGGAAGCUGGACAAGAAGUAUGGGAUUGUCCUCAUGUUUUGGUACCUCAUCUUUAUGGUGUUUGCCAGCCUUUACGAACUCAACGUUUUCGGAUACUUCAAUCCCCCUGAGUGUGAGAGCAGUUAUUAGGGGGUUGGAAAUGGUAUAAUGUGAUUUACAUACAUUAUUGCAGGUGGAGGAGGAUUUUCUUUUCUUUCCUUUUUUUUUUUAGUUUUGUUAACCAUGUGGUGAAUACUAAAAUCCUCUUAUCCAGAUUUUUAUUUUUUGUUCUAUGAGCAGAAGAAAUCAGACUUUCUCUUAUUUUAUAUGAAAAUUGAGUUUCCUUUUUCAAAAUAACUUGAAAAUGAGCAUAAUGAUGAACUGAAAAACAGUCAUUUUCGUUCCUUCACGGAUCAUACUCAUAAUGUUGCCAUUUAGCAUAGAGAAGUUUUUAGAAUAGUCAUCCGAUAAGAAAAGUGAAUGAUACUAAGAAUACAUUUGCCUUCACAUGAAAAUAAUAAACUUACUUUUUGAUAAGCAGUUCAUGUGUUGCAAUUUUGUAGCUGUCAUCAUAGCUUAGCUUUCAGAAGAAUACAAGUUUACAUGUAUCAUUUAUAAAGUCUUGUUGAAUUAGUGCUCUGGAGGUUUUGCGGAUGAUAUCCAAAGACAGUUUUGUGAAUGGUGUGUAGUGACUGUCCUAUGAAUGGAAGAUUCGUGAUGUUUUUAGAAUGGAAUCUGAAGGCAAGUUUUGUGAAUUAAAUAUAAAAGAAGUUUUAUGAAUGGAAUCCAGAGACAGUAUUAAUAACUUAUUCUGCAGGGGGUUAAGAACUUAUGCAUGGAUACUGGCAGAGCUUACAUAGGUCAUUUCUUCGUCAUUGUUCAGGUUGUGAUCAGUUCUAUGAAAUCGCUGAAACAGAUUUUGACGAUCCAUUAUGUGUAUAUUAUAUGAUUAUACGUAUAUAUACACAUUCGCUUGGGGUAUACUGAUCGUUGUUAUGGUAGUGCUAAUCAUUGUACCAUGAACAUCAUUAAUAUAAUUAAUAAGAGUAAAUGUAUUGGCAGACUUAAUGACUAUUAUACUAACCCAACUGUUAUGAUAAAAAUAUUGCAUAGAAUAAUAUGCAAAUAUUGGAAGAAAACGUAUUGCGAUAUAAAAAAAAAAAAGAUAGUUGUAUACUCAAAUUAAUCAAGUAGCCGUGAUGAUAAUUCUAAAGAAAAAAUACAUUGGCUAUAGCAGAACCAUGUGCUAUAAUAGUGAUGUAGGUGGUUGUGUGAUGUUAUUUGUGGAAUGCCAGAAAGUCAUUUCCUUUAGAUUUUUUCAUUACUUCUGUUGACUUUGUAUAGUCAUGCGCAUAUAUGUAUAUGUGUUUGCGCUUGUGUUUGUGUGUGUGCGUGUGUAUGUGUAUGUGUAUUUGUAUGUGUAUGUGUAUGUGUAUGUGUGUGUGUGUGUGUGUGUAUGUGUGUGUGUGCCCAUCUAUAUAUUUGUGGGUUUUUUUUGUUUGUUUGUUUAAAUGUAUGUAUUGAUUUGUUUCAGUUUACACAGGUAUUCACAUCCAUUAUUUAUCAACACCUCAAGCUGCCAUUCAGUCAUUUUGGGGCGCCUGUAUGUGUAUGUGUAAUCGAACGUAUGUGCGUGUGUGUUCUAAUCAGGGACGUCAUUUCAGCUUUUUCUUGAGAGGAAGGGGGCGAGCGAAGCAAAAACAAAAAAAAAAAAAAACUACAACAAAAGGAAAACUAGCUAUUCUAGGGGCAUUUUAAAGCUAUAACCGGACCUAUAUUGGUGUAAUGUAAUUAAGAAAAAUAAAAUGAAUGUUGCCCUGGGGGGGAGCCAGACCUUAUGGGGAUCAAAUAGAGUCUUGGGGAGGAACUGCCCCUCCCAGCCCCCCACCCCACCCCCCAAAUGACGCCCCUGGUUCAAAUGUAUAAGGUUCAUACUACGGCUCCAUAUCGAUGCCGCUGCUCGUUUGUCUGUAUAAAUAUAUAUAUAUAUAUAUAUAUAUAUAUAUAUAUAUAUAUAUAGGGAAGAGAAAAAAACUUUCAUAGCUGAUUGUUCUGUUAAUGAGGCCCGUCCAUCACACUGUAAUAGUUUCUGAUGCUGACACGAAUAUUGAAUUACCUUGUUUACAAACAGGGCCUCUGGUAGUGAAGCAGUGCAGGGUUAAGAUAUAUGGCGAACAGUGGCAAUUAUUUCGAAUUGUUAUGAUAUAUCACAAUAAGAAAAAAAAAAAAAAAAAAAAACUCCCGACUUCCAACAUAUGGUUCUGCUUGUAAUCAGCUGAUAAACCAAAUCAAAACAAAAGAGAAACAUAUAUAUAAUAUUAAAACAAGAUAUGAGAGAAAAAAAAAACACUACCUCAACAGUAUGACAAUAUGAUGGUCAGUAUCGCCUAAGUUGUUCUUCGUGUGAUAAAAUCAGACCUCUUCCAUUAGAUCUUUAAAUUGUAUUACAGUUUAUCAAAGAUAUCUAAUAUACAUUCCAUUCAGUACUUUCUUUGUUUAUUUGUUUUAUUGUGUUUAUGAUCCCUGUGUUUAGUGUUUAGAUCCAUGUCAUGCGUAUUUUCAAACCCAAAUGCGUUGUGUUUGUUAUAUGAUUCAAAAUAUUUUUUUUUAGUAAUAUUAUUACUAUUAUCAUUAUCAUUAAUGUCAUUAUUAUUGUUAUUUUGACUUCUGAUUUGAUUUAUCAUUCUUAUAUGCAUCCGCUAUGUGUAGUGGAUAUCUUGUGCACUAUUUAUAUGUUAAUGGCUUAUAAAAGAAUAUCACAUUUUAUUUACUCAAACCAAAGCCACAUAAAAAAACAAAAAAAAACUUUCACCCUCUCUACUUUUUCUCUCUUUCUGUUCCUUUAACCCUCUCUCUCUCACUCUCACUCUGCUUUCCU